CGCAACACAACAGAACAGAAGGAGAACGCAAUUCCUUCUAGUGCAUUUUAGGGAAGUUUAGGAUUGCCCUCCUGAGCUUUUCACCCGUCCAAGUGCAGUUAAGCGUUUUCCCUUUUUGUUCUGUCUACAUCCUGCAGUCACUACAAAAUGUUUGCAGUCAGAAGAGCAUUGCGUCUUUGUCAAAGAGUGGCAAAUGUUAGUGUUUCGCGACGCGGUUGCGUUGGAGCUGUUCCAGUGGACGACAUUGUGAACGGUCUGACCGAGGAGCAGAUCCAGCUCAGACAGACAAUCCAAAGAUUCUGCCAGGAGAAGCUCGCUCCACACGCUGAUGAGAUUGACAAGAACAACGAGUUUCCCCGCAUGAGGGAGUUUUGGAAGGAGAUGGGUGAUCUUGGACUGCUCGGAGUUACUGCGCCAGUGGAGUAUGGUGGAACGGGAUUGGGCUUCCUUGAUCAUGUGAUUGUUAUGGAGGAGAUCUCCCGUGUGUCAGCAGCUAUUGCUCUCAGCUAUGGAGCGCACUCCAAUUUGUGCGUAAAUCAGAUGGUUCGUCAUGCAAACCAGAAACAGAAAGAGAAGUACAUGCCCAAGUUGAUGACGGGGGAGCAUGUGGGUGCCUUGGCCAUGAGUGAGCCCAACGCUGGCUCUGAUGUGGUGUCCAUGAAACUGAAGGCGAAAAAACAAGGGGAUCACUACGUGUUGAAUGGUAAUAAGUUCUGGAUUACGAACGGACCAGAUGCAGAUGUUCUGAUUGUGUAUGCUAAGACAAACCCAGAGGCAGAAGCCCGUGGCAUCACCGCUUUCAUCAUAGAGAAGGGCAUGGCAGGAUUUAGCACUGCGCAGAAGCUGGAUAAACUGGGAAUGAGAGGAUCUAACACCUGUGAACUCAUCUUUGAAGACUGCAAGGUCCCUGAGGAAAACAUAUUGGGCCCGUUAAAUAAAGGAGUAUAUGUUAUGAUGAGUGGGUUGGACCUAGAGAGACUUGUCCUGGCCUCUGGACCUGUUGGCAUCAUGCAAGCUGUGCUUGACCAUGCAAUUCCUUAUCUUCAUAUUCGUGAAGCCUUUGGACAGAAAAUUGGCCACUUCCAGCUAAUGCAGGGAAAAAUGGCUGAUAUGUACACACGGCUUAGUUCAUGUCGACAGUAUUUAUACAACGUUGCCCGUGCUUGUGACAAAGGCCAUUUCAGUGCUAAGGACUGUGCUGGGGUAAUCCUUUAUUGUGCUGAGAAUGCGACUCAGGUUGCCUUGGAUGGAAUUCAAUGCCUUGGUGGAAACGGUUACAUUAAUGACUACCCAAUGGGCCGCUUCUUAAGAGACGCUAAACUUUAUGAGAUUGGAGCUGGUACCAGUGAGGUCAGAAGGAUGAUCAUCGGCAGAGCCUUCAAUGCCAUGUUCAAAUAAGAACAGCACUUAGUGGAUGAGAAUCUGAUCCUACAUGAACCGUGUUGCUUUUAUUUAAGACAAAACAGUCAUCUGGCAUUAUAAUUUUAACACUUCCAUUCAUGUGAAGCGUACUUGCUAAUCGGUUUCAAGAGCAGUGAUACAAAACUACAAUAGGUCUUUUGGAUGUCUAAAGCUGUUUAUGUGAUGUUCUGUUACAAUACAUCAAGUGGUCUCGCAUACAAGAACACAAGCAGUAGGAAGAGACGUACCUCUCAGACCCCAAGUCCUUUUGAAAGGAUAGACUAUGAAUUCAUCUUAACUAAGUAGUUGCACAGUUAACUGCAAGGGGAAAAACACUUGAGGUAAACCACCAAAACAAUUAUUUUGUCACGGUAGACUUUGUCAUGUGACUCGGAUGUUUCUGUAGCACAUGGUACAUGUAAUCGACUUGUUUUUUUUGGUCAGUCUUUGUAAGCUGGUUUGCAUAUCAUCUCUAUCCCCUAACAUGAUUGUUUGUUGCUCGUUUUCUUAUGUGAAUAAAAUAAUUCUUUAUAGAGUAUAUUUAUUGAAGUCGUUGUAAUUCAAACAUUCUUUCCCAUUCUUUUUGUAUUUUCAUUAUGCAUUUCCCACUUCAUUUGUAUAAUCUUAAGAUUCAAAAGUAGUUGCACUUUUUUUUAUCGUACCGACCCAUCAAAUCUUUGGGUUUUCAGAAUUCUGCCUUAAUGAAUAAUCGCUUGAUGUGUUUGAAGUAAACUUACUGGUUGUAUAAUGAUUGUUUAGAAUUAACAUAAUCCUAUUUCCAUCUAUAUCUUUUGAAUUUCUGAAUUAUUAAAAAGCAUUGCAUA